AUGGACACAGAUAUCCUCGACAAUAUUCUCUCUCUAGAAGAACAAUUCUACAAGGAAGGCUACGACCUGGGUGUCAUCGACGGUGCUCGCGCCGGAUACACGGAAGGAAGCGUCUUUGCAGUUGAAAAGUCAUUUGAGAAGCUACUGCAGCUAGGACGCUUGUAUGGCAGAGCGCUAGUUUGGAAUCAGCGGUUAAUCAACUCAGGUGUGAGCGAGGAAUCGAAGACUCCGAAAGUGGAAGAACGGGAGCAUGCAAUCACCACCGACAUAGUCACCUCGAUGCCGCCUCUCCAUCAAGGCUCACGACUCGCGAAAAACAUACAGACUCUACUCGCACUAGUCGAUCCGGCCACGCUAGUAUUGCAAAACACAGAAGAUGCGGUAUCAGAGAUUGAGGAGAGGCUCAAGGGCGCCGCGUUGAAGGUGAAGUUGAUUCAGAGGGCGUUGGGAGAGACGGCUUUUGGUGAUGGGACCGCGGCGGAUGCCUCUGCGGUUGGGGAGGGCAGGGGCGGAGGAGAUGGGUCGGGGAGUAUCGAGGAUAUUAGUUCAUUGCAUGUGAGGCAUUGA